AUGCAUCGCAAGGUCUUUGUUCUGAGUGUACCCCUCGUCUGCUUCUUGUUAGUCACAGCGAGCUUGUACCUUGGUCGAGAUCAUAUCACCAGACUAUCUGAGGCAUACCUACCGCUCCAUGCCCCCUCCCUUAAGACCACGUCUACGGAAACAAUAGAUUUACCUCUGAGUACGACGUCAGCUUUGGAUGACUCGCCUGUUAUUGAAGAACCGCCUUCAUACUCGACGCUUGACACUUACACCACAAGUACAAUCGAGGUACAGACUACACUAACGACAUCCUCUACAACUUCCGCAACACCAACACCAACAAUAACAAAAUCCGCCAUCCCAAUUGCAAAUGGCUCCGUCCUCUCUACCGAGCGCAUCACUCCUUACAUCCACGCCAUCCUCAAUCCUACUUCAAAAGAGCGCCCACGGCUUCAAUGCCCUCCCUUGGACACCAAGCGAUACAAGGACCUUCAAAAGAAGACGAACACCCGCGGAGACAAAAACGACGAACAGCCAAUUGACUUCUUCUUUGCCCUUAAUUUGCGCAAUGUCGUAGGCCUUCUUCCUCGUCUCAUGGGCAGCAUUGUCGAGGCCAUCCAAUUCCUUGGACCUGAACGAUGCGCACUCUCAAUCGUCGAAGGCAAUUCUCCAGAUGGAACUGCUGAUGUUCUUGUCGCUUUGCGCCCAUUCCUUGAAGAACUUGGAAUCGCUUACUUUUACAACAACUCUGCGAUUAACCCGUCCAAGGGUCCUCGCAUCCGCAAGUUGGCUCAAUUGCGAAACUUGGCAUUGGAGCCGCUGUUUAAGAAGAAGGUUCCGGCGGCGGAUGACACCACUGUCCUCUUCAUCAACGAUGUCGCUGCCUGUCCGGAUGAUCUACUUGAGCUUGCGCUGCAGCGUCGUAAGCUGAAUGCUGAUAUGACUUGUGCCAUGGACUUUACUUACGCUGGUCCUGAUCCCACAUUCUACGACGUAUGGGUUGCCAGAACACUUGCAGGAGACACAUUCUUCCCCAUCCCCGAAGAUGGAUCAUGGGACGACGCCUGGGACUUGUUCAGAGGAAACCGAGAAGCGCGAAUGCGAUACGACGCCCAUCUUCCCUUUCAAGUCUUCGCCUGCUGGAACGGCGCAACCGCCUUCACAGCCGCUCCAAUCCUCAACGGCCUACGAUUCCGCGAUCCCAAAAAGGACGAAUGCUUCCAAGGCGAACCACAAUUAUUCUGCAAAGAUCUGUGGCACAAGGGCUACCGAAAGAUCGCAGUGGUACCUAGCAUCAGUCUCGAGUAUACAGAUACGAGAGGGAAGGACAUCAAGAAGUUGAAGGGCUUUACGAAUGAGGUUAUACAGCAUAUGGAGGAGGAUAAAGCCCAUAUUGAGUGGCAGUACGAGCCGCCUGAGAAGGUCAAGUGCAUGCCUUCUUUUGAUCGCCAGACGUGGCUACCGUGGGAUGAGUCAUUGAAACGAUAG